AAGCUUUUUCGGGGUAGGUGUACUAAAAACUAAAGUUAUAAGUAUACAAGUCACACAUGUUUUUAACUGUUUAAUCAUACAAAGUGUAGCGGAACAAAAUAAAUUUUCAUAAAUUUAUUUUACUUAUAAACGUGCUUAAAGUUGCAUAAGUUUUCAAAUCAAUGGGUUCUAAAACGCGUUAAUAAAUGAAAGCCGAAUACUAUUGUAAAAGCUUGGAUCUACAUAUAUCAACCAAAUAAAUACGGGUUAAACACGAAGUGAAAUCUAUGCAUAUAUAUGUUAAAAAGUGAUUAUUUUAAGUUCUUAUAUAUAUGAGACCACAAUCAAUCUUUACAUUUCCGAUUUGAUGGCACAUAAUCAGCAGUCUCGAUAAAUCAUCACUUCUUAGUCCCGGCAACUGGACAUAAAAUACCAUAAAUAAAUAGGUUUUUAAGGAAUUGCGCCGACAGAGAAUAAUUCUUUUUGGGUUAAUUUCAAUUUUAUGAAAAAUAUCUGUCGCCUAAGUAAACCAAAAUGUAUGCGACGAUGUUAUCCCACCCCAAAGCUUUAGAACAAACUAUACCAAAUGUUCAAAGCUCACCGAGAGAACGGAUACCACAGCAAUUUGAUUCAUUUCAAAAUCUUAAAAGUUUCUCCACAUCAAAAUCCGUGCAAAUGCAAUCACAUAGAAGCUUAGAGGCACCCAAUUAUAACCAUUCAAACGAAAUCAUGGUUUCAUUGCGUAGUGAACAGGAAUUGUGUCAGAUAUAUAACUCACAGCAGCAUUCCGACUACAUCAUUUCUGAUUAUAUGGAUAAAAUUGCAACGAGAGUCAAUUUGCUAGAGACAGAGUUAAAGUAUGCCUGGCGUGCAUUAGACUUACUUUCAACAGAGUACGGAAAGAUUUGGGUUCGUUUGGAGAAGUUGGAAAAUAUAUCCAUUGAGCAACAGUCUGUUGUUAGUAAUCUUAUGGACUUAAUAGAGGGGGCAAAUAAAGGGCCCUACACUGACCACAUUGAGGGAAAAAAACAUAAUUCUUGUGAUGAUGAACAGUUGGUGAAUUCGCUGCCAUUGCAAAUAAAAAAAAAAACUUUGGAGAGAGACGUAAUAUUUGAAAUGAAUCCCUCAAAUGAUUAUAGCGACCACGAAAAAUUUACAGUAGGACGAGCAACAGAUCGAGAAACAAAGUUACUUUUGAAUGAAGCUUCAGCACAAAAACCGCCCUUGGAUUAUGAUAGCGAUAGCUACUCAAUGAAAAACUUUCAUAGCGAAAAUGUAGAAUACCCUUUCACCAAAACAUACGAAGCCGAAUUAAGCCAGUUCGAGGAAAAUAUAUCAGAUCAAGACAAAGAGAGAAGAAAAAAAUUAUAUUCCGAAUCUGACCUUUUAUUGUAUCAAAAACGUCAAGUUUUGGCUAAUAACGCUCGUGUAGAGUUAAUGGAAGAAUUUUUAAAUGGGCGAAGAGUAUUGAAUGAGAUAUCAGGAGAAGCAGGAAUAUCUACAUCAGAUUUUACGAUUCCAACAAGACCAAGUAAUAAUCAGGCUAUAAACUCAAGCCACGAUUUCAACUCGUUAAAUACCUUAAAUGAUUGUAACAAUUUUUUUCGUUCGACAGCCUAUAAAACAGGCGAAGGAGGGAAUCAAGUACUACCAAUUGAAGAUACAGGAGGUACAGGUAAUGAAAUGGGAGAGUUAUUUUACAGAAAACUUAACGAGGCAUAUCGAGAGAAUGAUUUAAGCGUAGAGAUUUCAAAAGUGGAUUCUAUUCUUCAGAAGUCUGAAGUUACGCAGGAACAUAUUGCAUUAAUGAAUGGUUCUAUCUCUAGUUCUAGUCUAGAAACCCAUACACCUACCAGCGAUUCCAAGAAGCAUAGAAAAAAGAAGCAUCAUACUAAUGAAAUGGACAUGAUAAACAAACUAAAAGGUAUUCUUUCUCAUGCUAAAUCCCCAAUUAUAAAUUGCAAUACUAAUGAAUUUUUAAAUGAUCGAAUUAGCAGUCAGGGAACAGAUAAAAGAGAUGUGGCCGGAUGUGUUAGUAAUUUCAGUAAAACUCGAAAUAUCGCCCGUAACAAAAGUAGCUUUGGUGAUGAUCUGCGUAUUACUUUAGAUAAUAUAUGUGAUACCAUAAUAGAUGAAAUUAAUAAAAUACCGGGGCUACAAUCAUUAAAUUUGGCCCAAAUCAAUGAAAUUCGACAGACUAUUUGGUCAGAAGAACUUUUCUUUCAAAAACUUAGCCAAGUGGAUGAAAAACUGACGCUGCUUUUACUUAAUCCAAUAACAUUGUCGGAGGAACUACGACGUGCUAACAUUACAGGUUCAGUAGAAAAGUUUGUGUUGGUUAUGAAAAAGUUUAAAAAAAAUAUUGAUACAUUAAAAAAACUAGUCUGCAGUUCUUUGGAUGACUAUAAAAAAAGCAGACGUCAUUCAAAUGUAUCUAAAGCAAUGUCCACCAACAGUAUUAAUAGCAUUCUAAUACCUAAGGAAAAUCAGGGUGGUUGUAGUGCUGAAUUAUUACGAACUAAGUCAGAUUUAAAUGAACAAUUAAAAAUAAUUGAGACACAAGAGAUCGAAAUAUGCAGAAAGCAAAAAAUUGAUCAAAUAGUAAGCAGUCAUUCUAUAAAUCCAGGGAUAUUGUCUAAUCACAGUAUCAACCAAGAUUUUAAACAUCCACAAUCCAACAUGGAAUUAAUAAGUUCCACGAAUAAGAUAUACAGUGAAGAUGAAUAUAUAAAGUCAUUAAGAAAAAGUUUAGAUCGCCAUAAUAGCAUGUUAUUCCUGCUACAUUUUCAAAAUCCAGAAAAGCAUAAUAUUAUCACUGAUUUAAACGACAUGGUCAUAAAUCCAGCUCAAAUAAGUAUCAGUCCUCCACCACCAGCACCCAAUAAUAUGGUAAAUAUAUUGCAAAGUCAAAGACCAAAAAACGAAAAAUCCUAUUCCGAUAUAUCUUCAAUAAGUGGUUGGGCGUUGAAUUCUCAAGAAAAUUGUAACAUUGAAAACAGUAGCGUAUUCAAUGAUGUUACCGAGCAAAGCUCUAUACAAACAGAAGCUUUCUAUACAUAUCCAACUGUUUCCCUAGCGACGUUGGGCAGUUUAAAUAAUUUAAAAGAUUUGGAUUAUAAAUCUGAUAUAGGUAAACCAAACAAAAAAAAAUUUGUAAUUUCAGAAGAAAACCUUAGUUAUAUUCAAGAACUUUCAAAAAAUUUGCCGAUUUGUUCAGCCUAUGAGAAUGAGUCCAUAUUUGAUGCUAACUCGAAAGUAGAACGAUUAUUUUCUGUCGAUGAAAUGCUGGUGUGGGACCAUCUUAAAGAACAUGAAAACUCAAAUAGUUUGAUAAAUGAGUCGGAAAAUGCAAUGCCAGAUCUUUUGACUAUUCAAAGCUCGACACUAUUAGAAAAAAAAUACAGCCCGACGUCAUCUAAAAAAUGUGAUGAAAUAAAAGGAACCUGCAUAAGUCAAAUUGGCUACGAGGAAAUUAUCAAAAAUCAAUCUCACAGAUACCAUUUAAAUGAUAAUCUAGAUUAUUAUCCGUCUCCAAUUUAUUUAGAUGAAAAUAAUAGUAAUAACACUUCAAACUUUUCUGGUCAAAGUAACUACAUACCAAGUAUUGAACGUAAUACAGCAUUAUCUGGAGUCGCAUUCACUUCUCAAGCUCUUUUAGGUGACGCUAGGUAUAAUACUAAUCUAUGCAAUGAUCCGAAAUUAUCUAAACUUUUUCCUGAAUCUACUUGUGAACUAAAACCCAUUUAUUUAUAUAAUACUUUAGAGAAACAAAGAAGUGGUUCAAAGCCAACAAAGUUGUGGAACAAACUUUUUUCAGAAAAUUUAAAAUUUAAAGGUACUGCUAAAUAUAAUCGGUCACAGUCUUUACCCGGUGAUAUGCAAAGUCAGGGCAAUCAAGAACAGGCGCGUGACCAGGCAGGUUCUUGUUCGUUAAUAUCUUUAAAGCGCUCAAAUGAAUGUGAAAAUCAAGGACAACUAUCAAAAAGGCUUCAAAAGCUCCCAAGGCGCAUUUUAAAAAGAGCUAGUGGAGCUCCAUUCGUGCGACGUUUUUCCCAUCAAAAUAUAGCGAUUUCAUCAUCACUUAAUGAAGAACCAAAAAUAUGUAGUACUCAGAUACAAAAAAAAUCAUUCUCAUCUAAGAUGAGUCAUAUUAUGCAAAAAGCGAAGACUUACAAGCGGCAUGACGUCGUUCUGAGCCGCGAAGGAAAUAUUUUGGGUUCUGAAUUAGACAUACCAGACUUCACUUCAGCGGAAAAUGACUUUUCAUUAUGUGACACUAAAAUUACUAUUAAUCUAUGCGAAAGCGGUACUUCUCCUACUAUGAAUCAGGUCGAAAGAGGUUCAGAAAAAACAACUAAAGAAAUUUAUUCAAAAAACUUGUUUUCAGUCGUAGGCGAUAUAAAAAAAAAUCGUUGCUCACUAUUAGAUGCCACCUCACAUGAGCAUGUACAUAGCACGGCAAAUCAAAAUAAUACAGUAAAAAUUUCAGAAAUGUAUCUGCAAUCCAAUGUCGUUUCCGAAACUACACCAUGUCUUAAAAAAUUAAAUUCUAUCUUUAUUGAUGAAGACAAUGAAGAAAUAGUGUUGGAGCCAAACAAUGCUGGCGACAGUUUCUCUUCCUUUAAGAUGCCAGCCAGCGAUUUUAAGAAUUUCAUAGAAAUUUCAGUAAGCAUCCCAACCAAACCAACUAGUGGGCGCUCUAUAAAUAGUGGGGGCCUGCACUUGGUACCACAAUCUUUAGAAAUUCCAAACAAUUUGGGAUGUGGGUUACGAGAUGAUGACGACAAUCGUAGUCAACAUUCUACUCGAACGCUCUCGUCUUCACGCCGUCAAAGUACUGAGGACAGCAUUGACACAGACGACGAAUAUUUUUACUAUGAACUACGCAAACUAGAAAAUAUGGAAAAGCAGCGCGAGGAAAAUUCUCCGAACUCAUUCGGUAAUCAGCGCGUUGAUAAUGAAGUUUUGUUUUCGCAAAUUGGGCAACUUCUUCGAAAUAAUGUAAAUGAGGGUUGUCAAACUUCAAAUGCCGUAGUGGAAGAGGUCGAACGACUAAGUUAUUCACCAGAUAAAAGUGUUAAAUUACAAAUGUCUCUUGUACUUAACGAACUUAAAUGUAUUGUGAAAUUAAAACCGAGCAUAGAUGAACAUAAUUUAUUAAAAUCAGCGGUGGAUUCUGUGACUGGUGGAGACUUGGAAAAAUUAAUGCCAGAACGACAAAAUUUGGAAUUGGUUCGAGAUAUGCAUAAAGCUUGGCAAGACGAUAACGGAGAUUUUAAAAUUACAGCAUUGGAGCUUCCAAACAAUACAUUGACAAAGGAACUAAAAAAAAAAAAAAUAAAUAAAUCAGCUUUGUCUAACCAAGCAGGAAGUACUAGUUCCUCUGAAAAUGCAUCAGAAUAUGAGGACAAAAUUCAAGAUAAGCUAUUUGAAAACGCAGUAUAUGGUGAUAAUGUAUCAUUGCAGUCAUCAGAAUCUAGUAUAACAUCUGGACCCGAUACUCCAGCUCAAUUAAGCGAUGAAAUGGAAUUGUCAUGUUUGUUAAUGGAAGAAGAUAAAAUAAAAAAAAAAGGAGCUGACUCUCAAAAAAUUACCCAAAAAAACCCUCAGCAAUUUGGAGAAAUUCGUAGUGAUACUAAUCAAAUUAAUAGUGUGGUAUCAAAUAGUUUAAAAGAUCAAGAGUUUCAUGUUGAAAACUCCCAUUCCAAUGUAGUACAUGGAUGCACUGCAGGACUCGGUAGCAGCAAAUGGAAAUUACUUAAAACGUUGAAAGAACGUAAAAUUGAGGAAAAAAAUAAUCAAGAUAAAAAGAGGGAAGAAGAAACUACCAAGGAAAAAGAAAAGAAUGGCAUUGGCGCUGGAGAUGUUGGAAUACGAACAAACGGACAUCCUGGCGAUAACCCCUUUUACAGUAAUAUUGACAGUAUGCCUGAUAUACGACCUCGAAGAAAAUCAAUUCCUCUUGUUUCUGAACUGGUGCUCAAGACGAUGGCCGCUACAAAACGAAAUGCUGGACUGACAUCCGCCGUUCCACGAGCAACACUCAACGACGAAGAGUUGAAAAUGCACGUUUAUAAAAAAGCGCUGCAGGCGUUGAUCUACCCCAUUUCAUCAACAACACCUCACAACUUUUUGUUGUGGACGGCUACAUCGCCAACAUAUUGUUACGAGUGUGAAGGCUUACUGUGGGGAAUAGCAAGGCAAGGUGUCAGAUGUACUGAAUGUGGAGUGAAGUGCCAUGAAAAGUGCAAGGAUCUUUUAAAUGCCGACUGCCUUCAACGUGCUGCUGAAAAGAGCUCUAAACACGGAGCUGAGGAUAAAGCUCAUUCAAUUAUAACCGCUAUGAAGGAUCGUAUGAAGCAACGAGAACGAGAAAAACCCGAAAUUUUCGAAUUAAUUAGAGCCGUAUUCAGCAUUGAAGAGAAGAGUCACACUGGUCAUAUGAAAGCUGUAAAACAAAGCGUCCUGGAUGGUACAAGCAAGUGGUCAGCUAAAAUAGCAAUUACAGUGAUUUGUGCUCAAGGCCUGAUAGCGAAGGAUAAAAGCGGUACCAGUGAUCCAUAUGUGACGGUGCAGGUUAGCAAAGUCAAAAAACGAACGCGGACAAUGCCACAGGAACUAAACCCUGUGUGGAAUGAGAAGUUUCACUUUGAGUGUCAUAACUCCUCUGAUCGCAUAAAAGUGCGCGUUUGGGAUGAAGACAAUGAUUUAAAGUCAAAACUUCGACAAAAAUUGACACGAGAGUCAGACGACUUUUUAGGACAAACGAUUAUCGAAGUUCGUACACUUUCUGGCGAAAUGGAUGUAUGGUAUAAUCUGGAGAAGCGAACUGAUAAAUCUGCUGUUUCUGGCGCAAUACGACUACAUAUAUCAGUGGAAAUAAAGGGCGAGGAAAAGGUGGCUCCUUAUCAUGUGCAAUACACUUGCUUGCAUGAGAAUCUUUUUCAUUAUCUUUGUGAAGAAAAUAGUGGAAUGGUUAAAUUGCCAAUCCAAAAAGGCGAUGACGCUUGGAAACUUUAUUUCGAUGAAAUUCCUGAGGAGAUUGUUGAUGAGUUUUCAAUGCGGUAUGGAAUUGAAAACAUUUAUCAAGCUAUGACUCACUUUCAUUGCCUCUCGGCCAAAUACUUGUGUCCUGGAGUACCAGCUGUAAUGAGCACACUAUUGGCAAACAUUAACGCUUAUUAUGCGCAUACAACAGCAUCCUCUGCAGUAUCUGCAAGUGAUCGGUUUGCAGCUAGCAAUUUUGGGAAAGAAAAAUUUGUUAAGUUAUUAGAUCAGCUACACAACUCACUCAGAAUUGAUUUGUCAAUGUAUAGAAAUAAUUUCCCCGCAUCCAGUUCUGAAAAACUAAUGGACUUAAAGUCGACCGUCGAUUUAUUGACAAGUAUAACUUUUUUUCGCAUGAAGGUUCAGGAAUUGUCGAGUCCACCUAGGGCCAGCACUGUUGUCAAAGAUUGUGUAAAGGCAUGUCUUCGGUCAACUUAUCAAUUCCUUUUUGAGAAUUGCUACGAACUUUACAACCGAGAGUUUCAGGUCGAUCCUAACGAAGUUAAGCGUGCCCCAGAUGAUCAUGAACCCAAAUUGGACAGUGUGGACUUCUGGCAUAAACUAAUAGCACUCAUCGUGUCAGUUAUAGAUGAGGACAAAAACAGCUAUGGCGCAGUUUUAAAUCAGUUUCCCCAAGAACUCAAUAUUGGACAAUUAUCGGCAUCUUCGAUGUGGCAUCUUUUCGCUGUGGAUAUGAAAUACGCCUUAGAAGAGCAUGAACAACAUCGUUUAUGCAAGUCGUCGGCUUAUAUGAAUCUCCAUUUUAGAGUUAAAUGGCUUUAUAGUAACUAUGUUAAAGAAGUUCCUCCGUACAAGGGUGCGGUACCGGACUAUCCAGCUUGGUUUGAACCUUUCGUUAUGCAGUGGCUAAAUGAAAAUGAUGAUGUAUCAUUGGAGUAUUUGCACGGUGCAUUUAAAAGGGAUAAAAAGGAUGGGUUUCAAAAAAGCAGCGAGCACGCACUAUUUUCGAAUUCGGUGGUCGAUGUUUUUACGCAAUUGACUCAAUGUUUCGAUGUUGUUAGCAAACUCGAGUGUCCUGAUCCAGAAAUUUGGAAACGUUACAUGAGGCGUUUUGCUAAAACAAUCGUAAAAGUUUUAAUAGCUUAUGCUAAUAUUGUAAAAAUUGAGUUUCCAGAUCAUUUGAAGGAUGAAAGAAUAGCAUGUAUCCUUAUGAACAAUAUUCAACAACUACGAGUUCAAUUGGAAAAAAUGUUUGAGUCCAUGGGUGGGGAUAAGUUAGAAGAAGACGCAGCUAACAUUUUGAAGGAACUACAACAAAAUUUAAAUUCUUCUCUGGAUGAUUUGGCUUCACAAUUCGCUAUCAGUUUGGAACCUCGUAUUACCCAGUCCGUCCGUGAACUAGGGGACAUGCUUCUAUCUAUUAAGGGAGGAAGCGGAAAUCUUGCAGCUACUAACCAAGCAAUUCAACGCAAUGCGGUCGCCGUUGAAGCCGAUGAAGUUUUAAGACCACUGAUGGAUUUGUUGGAUGGCUCAUUAACACUGUAUGCCCAAACAUGUGAAAAAACUGUUCUAAAGAGGUUACUUAAGGAGUUGUGGAAAAUUGUUAUGCGAAUAUUGGAAAAAACAAUCGUUCUACCACCAAUGACUGACAAAACAAUGAUGUUUAAGCACUUGACUGAUAAUGCAAAAAAUUUGGCAUCCAAUGCUAAAAUAGAAGACAUGGGUCGACUAUUCAAAUCUCACAUGGCAGGAAAACAAGAUGUUAAAAGUGCGCUUAGCGGAGUAAUGGACAUAUCUAAGGAAGUCGAAAAAAAUUUGUCGCCUAAACAGUGUGCCGUGCUGGAUGUUGCCUUAGAUACAAUAAAACAAUAUUUCCACGCUGGAGGAAAUGGAUUAAAAAAGACGUUUUUAGAAAAAUCAUCGGAGCUACAAAGCUUGCGUUAUGCACUCAGUCUAUAUACACAAAUGACAGACACUUUAAUCAAAACAUUUAUAUCUAGCCAAACUCAUGAGGUAGAUCCUGAAAACGCAGAAGAAAGUGUUGGGGAAAUUUCCGUGCAAAUUGACUUGUUCUCUCAUCCAGGCACGGGAGAACACAAAGUGAACGUAAAAGUUGUUGCAGCUAACGAUCUCAAAUGGCAAAUACCUUCAGGAAUGUUCAGACCGUUUGUGGAAAUAAAUUUAAUCGGACCUCAUCUCCAAGAAAAAAAGAGAAAAUUUGCAACAAAGUCAAAGUCAAAUAAUUGGUCACCAAAAUAUAAUGAGUCAUUCAGCUUUACAAUCGGUAAUGAGGAACAGCUGGACUUCUUUGAAUUACACAUUUGCGUAAAAGACUAUUGCUUUGCUCGUGAUGACCGACUUGUAGGAGUAGCUGUUAUUCCACUAAAGGACGUUUCAGAAAAGGGUUCUGUCGCAUGUUGGUUACCUUUAAUGAGACGUAUUGAAAUGGAUGAAACAGGAUGGACAAUUUUAAGGAUAUUGUCCCAACGCAAUAAUGAUGAAGUAGCCAAAGAAUUUGUUAAGCUGAAAUCGGAAAUACGCCAGGAUCCAACCAUCGGCUCUUAAUAGUUGUUUUGAGCACUAGACUAUAAACAAAAAGUUACUUAUUUAUUUGUAUAUAUCAUAAGUAAAAUAAUCGUAUUCAUUUUACAAAAUCAUUUCCAUUUUAUUUAUUUCUCUUUAAUUCAUCUUACAAUAUUUUUAAAAAUGUUAAUAUAAAAUUAUUCUCGACACAAGACCAAACACUUUCAGCUCAUAAAUAACCUUGACAGCAAACUCAAAAUAAAAAAUAGGCAUAAGGCCAAAAUAAAAUUUUCUCACUUAAAAAACUACAUAAAGUAAGUAUUUUUAUACACAAAGUUCUAUAGCGUAUAGAUACGCAUUCGUAAAUAUGUACAUAACACAAUCCAGACCAUGUCUUCAAUUAAUUCAGUUAUUUUAUCCAUUUUCAUCUCUAUGUUUAAAUAAAUCUUCAUGCACCAUCGUAUUUAUGUAUAUAAAGAUGUACCUGUUUAGGUAUUGAUAAUUUAUUGUUAAAAAUACGUAACAUGUGCAUACAAAUCUUUGUUUUUUCUAUUAUAAUUAAAAUAUUUAAACAACA